GUGUAUUAUUAUUUUUUUUAAAAAUAAUGUGAUUCCAACUUUUCCGACAGCAAGUGAACACAGCAAAGUUUAACAAGGCUGAAUGCCUGAAAGUCAUUUGUUUUCGAUGAAUCGGGCGGACUGGAUUGGACAGCCGGCGGUUCCGCCCACAAACACACAAGGUGGAGUUGAAAAGAAAAAAACACACUGGGCCAAAAUGAAGCUGUCAAACAGCCGCUUACAAUCCAGUAAAAGAGGUUUGGAGCUGGUGGAAACCGCUUGAGCACAGGAAAAGAGAAAUAAAUGCUGACAAACAACAAAUUGCAUUUGAUUUUUAUUUGAUUUUAAAUAAGCAACAUUAAAUACGAGAACCAGAGCUGCAACUUUGGCUUUCCUGAGACCCGGAGUUGCCUGCUAAAACCCCCGCGGUGCAAAAUUUCGCCUCGGAGAUGUAACAGGGUCGGCCUCGGGGAGCAAAAGUAAUCGUGCUCGGUUUUAUUCAAAAAAAAAUCAACGGUGCGCCACCGCAAAAAAAAAUGGUGUUGAGUCGGCGCAGCGAAAUGGUUGGAUGGAGAGGGGAGAGCUGCUGCGCGUUGAGUGGAGGGAGACUGCGAGUGAGAUGGAGGCGGGGGGAAGGACCGUCUCUGCGGGGACUGGAGCCCAGCAUCGACGGCGCAGUGCUGGCUAUAGUUCAACCCUCCCCUUCUUCCUCCACAGCGACACUGGCUCACAACGAAACAGGUAAGGCACCACAAAACUCGGUCGGUUUCACAGCUAUACCACCGAGAAGCUCGUAAAAAACGAUUAAAAGUUUACAGUGAAGCAUUUAGUUGUGGGGUUGGUGGUCAUUUAAAGACCCCUCGCACGGCAGUUUCUUUGUAGCACCGAAACAGACCGACCGUUGUGGAAGGGUACAGACGAGGUCGGCCAUACCCGAAUUACUUAUCCCGAACAGUGGGGAAGAACCGCGUUGUAAGACCCGAAGGUAUGUUUCAUUUUUACUAAAAAAAAAAAAAAAAAAAACCGACGACUGCUUUAGGCAAAAAUACUUUCAUCGAAACUGAGACAUUUGUGAUGUAACGGUGGGGUUUGCGUGGGGAAUGAGCGGUGGUUUCCGCGCCGAGACCUCCAUGCGGCUGUUGGCGGAACAGCUAGCCGCCACUCUCGGCCAGCCAUCAGGGAUCUCGGUUUAAUAUCUCACCGUACUGAGACUCGCCCUCCCUCUCCCCCUCACUCUCUCUCACCGACCGUAGCCCAGAACCACCAGCGACGACCGAGCUCGAAGAACCCGCCUUCUCGUCCUUGCUUAUGCGCUUUUCGGGUGUAGGGGAAGGGAGGCUGCAACGCCCCGGCUUUAGCUCUAAGCUCCGUUGUCAGUGUUUGCAGUGCGCCAUUGGACCUUGUCACGGUAGGUUUCCUCACAGAGCAGAGCGGGGCUGAAGCAUGGCGGACCUGGAGCUGUUUUUGCCGCGCCAGAGAAGCUGCUCAUACUCUGAUUUUAGCGUCCUUUCUGAGAUGUAACCGAGCAUUUAGGAUCCGCGUUUUCUCGGCAGUUACGUUUUGAUUAGUUUACUGAUGAUACAACUAAAAUUAACAAACAAAAUUAGCUUAACGUGGUGUGUUUCCGUUUAAUAAUUUGAUUUUUUUUUUGCAUUUCUUUCUGCGGCUCCGCAGGUCAUUUCAACUGAAAAAGAUUCGAGACUGUAUAACCACAAAUGAAUGGAGACAUGGAGGUGGUGGCCCAGGACCAAGUGUGGGCUCAGGAUGACCUCCUAAAAUUGCUGGACUCCAUGAAAGUGGCUCUGCCUCAGAAGGACCUGACAAAAUACAAAACCUCCGAGUCCCACCUGGACUGGCAGAAGGUGGCCUUCAACUCCUACACAGCAGAGAUGUGCAAGCAGAAAUGGCAGGAAGUCUCAAAAGAGAUCCGGAAAUUCAGAACUCUAACAGAGCUGAUAUUUGAUGCCCAGGACUACAUCAAGAACCCUUACAAAGGCAAGAAAUUAAAGAAACACCCAGAUUUCCCUAAGAAGCCUUUGACUCCGUAUUUCCGUUUCUUCAUGGAAAAGAGGGCCAAGUAUGCAAAGUUGCAUCCUGAAAUGAGCAACUUGGACCUCACUAAGAUCCUCUCCAAGAAGUACAGGGAGCUCCCUGACAAAAAGAAGAAAAAGUAUGUAGAUGACUUCUUGCGUGAUAAGGAAACAUUUGUGCAAAGCAUGAUGAAAUUCAGGGAAGAACAUCCAGACCUCAUGGAGAGCAUGACCAAGAAAGGCUCAAAUGUCCCAGAAAAGCCCAAGACGCCCCAGCAGCUGUGGUACAACCAUGAAAAAAAGGCGUUCCUCAAGUCGCACCCUGAUGCGACCACCAAAGAUAUCAAGGACAGCCUUGGUAAGCAGUGGACGCAGCUGUCUGACAAAAAGAGGCUCAAAUGGAUCAGCAAGUCCCUGGAGCAGCAGAAGCUGUAUGAGGGAACGAUGCGGGAAUACAUCCAGCAGCACCCGGAGCUGAACAUGAGCCAGGGAGACAUCGUGAAGUCCACCCUGACCAAGGCGGAGCGGCACCUCAAAGACAAGUCCGACGGCCGGCCCGACAAGCCGCCUCCAAACGGCUACUCCAUGUUCUGCGCCGAGCUGAUGUCCAGCAUGAAGGACGUCCCGAGCACAGAGCGCAUGGUGAUGUGCAGCCAGCGGUGGAAGCUCCUGAAGCAGAACGAAAAGGACGCGUACCAGAAACGCUGCGAACAGAGGAAGAAGGAGUAUGAAAUAGAGAUGAACAGAUUCCUCAGUACCUUGUCAGAGCAGGAGCAGCAGCGGGUUCUGGGUGAGGAUAAGAUCGGUCUCAAAAAGAACAGUGCAGCCAGCAGCCCUGCCUCUAAAAAGAAAAAUGCUAAAACGAAGGCAAGUACAGAGAAACCCAAGAGGCCCAUCUCUGCCAUGUUCAUAUUCUCUGAGGAGAAGCGAGCCAAGCUGCAGCAGGAGCGACCCGACAUUCCUGACAGCGAGCUCACCAGACUCCUGGCCCGCAUGUGGAACGAGCUGCCUGAUAAGAAGAAGGAGAAGUAUAAACGCGUGGAGGCGCUUCUGAAAGCCGAGUCUGAGAAGAAGGAGAGGGAGGACAGAAGUCGCCUGCCGGAUCCGCCCAAAACGGCUCAGGAAAUCUGGCAGCAGAGUGUCAUAGGGGACUACGUUGCCAGAUUUAAGAAUGAUCGACCAAAGGCACACAAAGCCAUGGAAACGGUUUGGAGCACCAUGGAGAAAAAGGAGAAGAUCAUGUGGAUCAAAAAAGCGGCAGAAGACCAGAAAAGAUAUGAAAGAGAUCUGUGCGAGAUGCGAUCUCCUGCCAACGCUGUCACAUCUUUGAAGAAGAUGAAGUUCGAAGGAGAACCCAAAAAACCGCCAUCAAACGGAUACCAGAAGUUCUCCCAGGAGAUGCUGUCCAACGGCGAGCUGAAUCACCUCCCGAUGAAGGAGCGAAUGGCCGAGAUCGGCAGCCGGUGGCAGAGGCUGCCGCUGAAGGACAAGGACCGCUACAAGAAGAUCGCCGAGGAGAAGCAGAAGCAGUACAAAGUCCUCCUGGAACAGUGGCUGGCUAGCUUGUCUUCACAAGUGCGAAACACUUACAGAGAAUACAAUUCCCAAAAAAGAAGAACUCCAGCAAAACCAGGAGGCGCCAAAGCAAAGAUUAAGAAAUCUGACACGGAGGAAGAGGAGGACGACGACGAUGAUGAUGAGCAGGAGAAGGCUUCGUCUGAAGCAGACUCCUCCAGUGAGGAGGAUGACGAAGAUGACGAUGAUAACGACGAAGAUGAUGAUGAUGACGACGAGGACGACGAUGAUGAGGUGGACGACAAAGAAAACAAAUCAGACGAUGACGACAGCAGCAGCGACUCUAACUCUGCCGAGUCGUCGGAGUCGGAUUCGGACUGAAACAUGGCCGCCGCCCAGAGACGAACUAAAGCAGCGCUGAGCUGAGCCAAGAGUCCAGGGAGCUCUGCCACUGUGCCAACCCUGCUCUCCUCCCACUAGGGGGAGCUCUCCUUCCCCUCCGCAUCGCUUCAUCUAUCCUACACCCGGUUUACGUUGCUGCUCCAGAAGGAAGCCCGGCCCUGAAGUCAGUCCGAUUCCCUCCCGGGUGUGACGGUCACAGCUGACGUUGUACCAAAAACAGCAUCCCACUGGUUUGGUGAUGUCAUGAACAUUUCUUCUCUGAGUUUGGUUAUUUUAUUUGCAGGCUCUAUAGUAAAAGUUAGAGUUAAAUGUAUCAGGUAAUCAGUUUCCCUCCAUUAUUUUAUUUUUUUUUCCUGACGAGGUUGUGAACAGAACAGGCUUCAGAGCCAAAGAACACAGUUUGGUGGAUCACUUCAUGAAGAGGGGGGCAGGGAGCAUGUGCAGGGCACUGAAUAAUUGCACUCUUAAGAAUGUUUCCUUUAAUUUUUACUUCUUUUUUUCUUCCAUGUUUUCAUUUGAUGUAGAUUUUGUGAUUUGGUUCUUACAACGGUGGUAUUUUGUUUAGAAGUCAAGCCAUUAAGAAUGUUUUUCUGUCACUGGAAGUUGUUUCCGGAUGUCUUCUUUGUAGAUUUAGCAUGUUUUCCGUCAGACUGGAUGGGCUCCAACUCAUUCAUACCGCUGGCAGAUUUACAAAUUAAAGGCAUUUUCAUUCAGCCGAGAAGUUUGGCUUUGACUGGAACUGAUGCAGGCAUCUCUCGUUAUGUGAUGAGGUCAAAGUUUUGUCACAUUUGGGUGAGCGGGGGGAUAAAAAUCUUUGUUUUUAUUUCCGUUUUAGCAAGACAUGGCAUGUUUAAAAUCACUUAUAUCCCUUUUUUUAAUAACCAGUGGACAAAUCUGAUUUGGCAUUACAGAAAACAAACCCCUCCAACAAUUACUGACUGACUUUGUGCAUUAAAUCUAAAUCUGACAAGGGUAUGAAUAAUUUAUUUGGCAUAACCUUUACUCUACUUUAGUGAAAAUACAAUAAUUGCUGUAAUAUUUGGUAAACUCAUUUAGAUCAAGCCACAAAACAGGAAAUUACCGCUGCUACAAUCAGUUUUACAAUAUAAUCUAACAUGAUCCAUAAAAAGGUAAAACGUCUGAAAAUAUUUAGUAAUUUCUUUAUUUUCAAUGUCUUUCUUACACAGUUUGUACCAUUUUCUGUGUUGGAAUUUACAGACAUGUUGAAGGUUUAAAAUGCAUUUAUUUCCAGGUGUAAAUAUUUGGGAACAUCACAGCAUCCAGGUUUGUCUCCAAAGCGCCGCGUCUCAUAGGAUUCAUUUAUCAGUCUUAAAACAAUUCUUGUCGUUUCAGCAGUUUGUCUGGACCUCAAAGGAGCCAUUUUUUCAGUUGUCUACAUUUAAUUUUUAGUAUUUUUUUUAAAAACGAUAUACCUUUGGAUUUUUUUUAAUGAUUUCGCUUAUAAACUUCCAGGUUUUUGUGAGCAUUAAUCAAUCGUCUGCUGAGGACCUGAAUGGUUUGAUUUCUUUUUUUAAAAUCGAGUUUUGUUUAUUUCAGUGGCUGUCAUGACUUUGGGUUUUGUCUAAUGCCCCCCUCCUAAAAAGUGUGCAUUUAUGUAAAUCUGUCCCUCUUGAGUUUGUGUGCACGCAUUCACAUCACUGUGUAUAUACGACGACGUGUGCGUGCGUAUUUCUCUUUUUUUGCUUUAAUGUUUGCUGUUGUUGCUGUUUUCUUGCAAACCGAGAUGUGACUGCAGCGUGCAUCUUCGUGCCUGUGUGGGGGCAUCAUACCAACACCAUGAAUGUACAUAUUGUUCAGUUUUUGGAUCCCAACCUUCCCUAAUUUGUGUCAUUUCCCUAAUAAUGGACAAAACUUCCAUCAUUUUUAUUCUGAUUGAUUACUCUCUUAUUGAUCUGUAUGUGAUGGAAUAUUUUGACUGUAUCACAGACUGAAACAAAAACCAGCGUGGGCUAUUUAAGUAACUUCAGGAGGGGAACAAAGUGACUGAUACAAAGGGAGUUGCUGGGUGGAGCUGAGUUACCUGAAAAUUUGGGGUUAAAAAAUGUAAUUUUUCUGUAAAUACUGUUUUUUUUUUUUUUUCUUUUUGUAUUGAGUGGAUUUUGUUUUGUUAGUACGUUAAUUUCGCAAACCCUCUUCUGUGACUUCCAGGGCGAGUGAGUCUUCCACUCACGGGAGGAAAGUUUUUAGUUUAAGGUCACCUGUUUUACUUGUUUCUUCUCUUCCCCUAUGUUGGUUUCUAGAGAUAUGUAUGACGGCAAAGCUUUACAAGUUUGUACUGCUGAUCAUUUGACAGGAUUUGAUGUUUUAUAUAGCGGAGGAUGUUCUUAUGUCCUUGUAGUUUAAGUAUUUGGGCAAAUAAAAAAAAGAUUAUCCUUAAAA